GCAUACUUUUGUCGUUCAAAUGGUACAGGUCCAGUCACUCUCACGUGUUUAUUUUGUUUAUUUAAUAUUUCUCUUACACCAUGUAAACAUAUUGAGUGUCGUGUGACAUGUAACUUGUGGCACAACAAAUGAAAACAAAAACUGUCCACAACCAUUUAAAAUUGCUUCCACAUGAAAAUUUCCAUGUUGAGGCCAUUUUUAUUCUCUCUAUGAUAUCAUCCUUUGUGAUAUGUAAUGGUUAUUCAUCUCCAUGAUGUAAUACUUUGAAAACUUUAUGAUAACGCUACUAGUAAUAAUACAUGAAGUAUGCGUUAUUACUGGGUAGGUAUGUAGUGAUAAGGCUUUGUACAAGACUGAUGUUAAUUCUUUACUCAACAGGGUGACAGUGACUUUCUUUGAAUUUGGAGGUGAUGUAAUGAGUUCUGUAUAUUCUGUAGUUGAUUAAAUACAAGAGAUUAUUGAGUACAAAAGCAGGGGGUGGAAACAAAAAAAAGGAGGUAGAGGAAGUAUAAUGAUAAUUGUUUACUACUAGCAUGUCAGGGAAAUUCUAGGAUCAAGCGAGUGUUUUUUUUUUUUUUUUAACAAUGGCAGGCAAUGACCACGGUGUUGCCUAUGGUGAGACAAAAACAGAUGAUUUAAGUAUCAAAGAUAGCCUCUGUUUUUCAAUGUUGAUGUUUAAAAAGUUUUUCAGGAUUCAGUUAUCAAGGAAAUAAGUGACUUUUGGCGUGGAUGUGAAUCAAAUAAUAUUUUAGAUAUUGGACAAUAUGGCAAAAAGAAGUACUGUCGUUCAAGUUAAGAAUGGAGGGAUGAGUUCUUAAUAUUGAACAAGAUGAAUGCACAUUGUGUAAACAAUUCUGGGAAUGGAUAUAAUUCAAAUUCAGUGGUGCUCUUACUCAAACAAAAGACGUAAGACUUUCUAGAUGAGUUGAAAAUUGUAGCUGGUUGCGGAAUGUCAAGUAGCGUACAGUGGAACCCAAAGUCAAAAUUCAAUAAUUCAGAAUUCUCUUAAAGUUGCACAAAAGGUCUGUUUGCAAAACACAUCCUGAUUCAAAAUGUGCAAAACCUCCGUACAAUGCAAUUCAAAAUGUUAUGUGGUUUGAUCGUGAGACAUCUACUACGUGACUCAGUUUUGUUGUCAUACUGUCGUUGAAGUCGAGUUUUGUUUUAAAAUUCAAGUCUUUACUGUUUCAGUGCACUUCUUUACUUUUUACACUCGUUUAACUAUUAAUAAUGUUACUUUACAUAUGAGAACAGAGUAUUUCACCUAAUCAUUAUUUUCUAUGAAAAAGAUUGUUUCAAAUUAUGAGCAAUUCAGAAAUUUAAAAUUCAGAGUCCCAGAACAGAUUGUCUCCCGAGGUUCUACUGUAUAAAGCUUUCUAGUAAUCCCUAAAUUUCUUGAUAUUCAACGAUCAUUUCAUUUGAAAACGUUUCAAGAAAUUUCAAUAUUUUGGCCCUUGCACAGUACUGAUUGGGAGCAUGCAACUCGCCCUUACUUUCUAAUCUACUACCACCGCUAUUGAAUCUUUGAAACAUUCUAGAAAAGGUACAAAUGAUGAUGUUAGAAAUAGAUGUUUUUUUUUUUGACGUGGUGAUCUGUAGCGUUGUGAAAAAGUAUUUGCCCCAUUCUCAAAUUCUCAUUUCCCCACUUAAAUGUUUAAGAUAAUUCACCAAAUGUAAAUAUCAGACAAAAAAUAACAUAAAAUGAAGUUUUUAAUGGUGAUUUUAUUUAUUAAGGGGAAAAAAAACUAUUCAAAGCUAUCUGGCCCUGUGUGAAAGUAAUGCCCCCUAAACUUAGUAACUGGUUGGGCCACCCUCAGCAGCAAUUAGUUUUUCCAUACAGGGUCAGGUAGCUUUGAAUAGUUUUUUUCCCUUAAUAAAUAAAAUCACCAUUUAAAAACAGCAUUUUAUGUUUACUUGGGUUAUCUUUGUCUGAUAUUUGCUGUUUGCUGAUCUUAAACAUUUAAGUGGGGAAACUAUGCAAAAAAUAUAACAAUACUUUUUCACGGCACUGUAUUUAUCACACACAAACGAUACAAAUGAGCAAUUUUAAGAUGCUACAGCUUCCAAAUCUUAAAAUGCAGACACUACAAGAACAUGAGGAGGUAAGCCAUUCUUAUUUACACUGAAGUUUUUAUUUGUUCAGUGGUUAUACAUACAUUGGAUGUUUACCAUGCUCAAUGGCGUUAUACAAACAUUUAAGCCCAAAAUAAUUCAUGCUAUGGUCACAAGUAAAAUGUAUUGGUUGAAUGAGUAUACUGUGGCUGGAAAUGACGAAAGUGACACAAUACGUUAGAUGUUGUUUGAUGAAAUAUUCGCUAAUUUGAUUGUUUAAUUCAUUUUGAGAAGUAGUCCCAUAUCAAAAUUAUAAUUCUUAAAAUUACUCAUACCCUUUAUAAAAAAACAGACAUAUUGAACGUUCUCUAAAUAUCGUUGUUCUUGUAGAUUAUACUAAAAGCAUAAUGUUGCAAAAAAAAAAAAAAAAAAAAAAAUCCUCAUAAUUGUCAGGGACAAAAAAUAUUUUCAGUAAUUUUUAUACACAUUUUUUUAACUUGUCUCAUUUCCAGCCAGAAGACACAUAUUCAGCAAAUAAAAAUUCAGCGUAUGAACAAUUUGGGGUUUACCUAUAGAAAAUCUUGGUGUAUGUUUUUUUGUUGUUGUUUGUUUCGUGUUUCAGAACCAGCCAUAACAGAAAUCUAGUGGACUGCACGUCAAUGUGUUGUUGAAACACUCUAAAAAAGGCUUGUCAUUUUAACAGACUCUACAUUUGUCAGCCAAAAUGUUGAACGGCUCUCGCUUUGAACUGGCAAGUAUAGAGAGGCGUCGCAACAAUGAGCGAGAAAGAAAAGAGAGAAUUUUUAACGAUAAACUGAGAACCAUCGGCAUUGACAAGGAAGGCCUUGACAAGCAGCUGGAUGACAAGAAGAAAGGGAAGGAUGCAGAAAGACUUGAACAGGACACCUUUGAGGCCCAAUUUCUACAUAAUAGCAAGCAAGCGUACCUUCUUCAAAACAAAGAAGAAAAGGAGAGACGUGCAAAGGAGAAGACCAGUUUACUGGAACAGUAUGAGCGUGCAAGGCAGGAGGAGUUGGACAGGGACGACUCUGAAGAAGUAGUUGAACACAUGAUGCCUCCGGGAAUGGCAGGUGAGGACCCGGACAGCGAAAGCCGAAUAUGCAGGCAGAAGGAGCAACUGAGGGAGUGGCUGUUGCAGCAACAGACAGAGCAAGCCGUGGAGAAAGAAAGACAGAAUAUGGAAAAGUUGGACAAUGAAAAAUUCAGAGUGCACAUGGAUAAUGUAGCUCUGCAGCUGGAAAACACUGAAAUGGAGAUGCGGAAACAGAACGCUGUCAAAAUGAAUGAGUUCAAUCAGGCCAUGGCUGAAGAGAGACAACGGCAAGAACGGGAGCUCAAAGACGACCCCAGAGAGAUACAGCCGAGUCAGGUGGGAGUACCUGGUAUUUUUCACAGCUAUGAUAGGAGGCCACGUCCCGAGAGCUAUCAGCAAAUGAAAAAGUUCUGGAACCUUCAAGUUGAAGAGAAAAUGAUGACAAAGUUAGAGGGGAUCAGAGAAAAGCAACAAUAUGCUCGUUGGUGCUCCAACACGGCACGUACGGCUCUGAUCAUACAGAGGCAGCAGGAACGACAGAAGAAGGAGCUGCGGCAAGAACUGGACCACAACAACAGCACCACUGCUGAAUUUGACAGACGCAACAGACCCGACAUUAAAAGAGGACGAAUCGAUGAAAGUUUCUUUGCCAUGUUCAACACUUGCAGUCGCUGAAGCAACACUGAAGACUUCUUGACGAUUCCAAUGGAAAAUACGUAUUAUUGUUGGUCAUAUAUAUUAACAAGCUCGACUACUAUUGUAAUAAGGACAAACACUGUUAACCCUCAGGCCUUGCUCAGUUUUUCUGCCCUUUUUUUUUUUUUUU